GAUGGGAAAAUAAAUGAGCAAUUCUGCGACCAGAUACACAAAACUUCAUUCCGAUAUCAGAGUAUGUUGAACGGAGCUAAGCCGAUAACGGUCGUCUCUAUCUCUCGUCACCUCACACUAAAUAUUAACAUGAGUGUGCGCCGGCGCAUCGUCCGCUGCCUACGGCCCAGCGCCUGUGUUCUGUAUUUAAUUUAAUUUAACACAUUUUACUCAGUUCAAUAAUCCUUCUGCUGAUAACAAUAGCAAUAGUGACCGCCACAGUGACAGUGUUAAACAAAAAUGAACUCUGUGAACUUUAAAUUAAGUUGGACACUAAAUUUGUGCUGUGUAAUUAGUCAGUGAAGUUAUUGAGUGAAAUGAAAAUAAUUUAAACACAAAAAUGAAGAGAACUGUCCCAAAAAAGGUGCCACCAGAUGGAGGCUAUGGAUGGGUCGUCACUUUUGCAUAUGCUUUGAAUAAUGUAGUGGUCCUACCGCUGAUUGCGGGGUUCGGGCUGGUGUUUCAAGAAGCCUUCGAGGAAACAAACCUCACCGCCACACAGGGCACUCUAGUCAUUAUCCUUAACCAUGGUAUUGGAAUGCUGCUGUCCUUCUUCGGAGGACCUCUUCUCAGUAGAUUUGGCUACAGGAAGGUAGCUGUAGUUGGAGCAAUGCUCGUCAGCAGUGGAAUGAUCUUGACUGCCUUUGCUAACAGCUUCUGGGUCUUCAUCCUGUCCUUCAGUAUAAUAAACUCUAUGGGGAUAGCCGCUGUGAUGGCAGCUUUCACGUUAGCUAUCAAUUCAUUCUUCAAAGAAAAAAGAGGACGAGCGAUAGGUGUUGGGAUGUCCAUCACAGGCCUCGGGGCCAUCUACAUGCCUCUGCUUAUGGGACUGCUCAUGGAUACGUACGGUUGGAGAAAUGCUGUGCUAAUCUUAGGAGCAAUAUGCCUGCAUUCCUUACUAGCGGCGACUCUGCUCAGACCCGCUAAAUGGUACUUAAAAGAUCCACCGAUUUCAGAGGAGAUGGUUCCUCUAAAUAAAGAAGAGAAUGUGGAAUUAAUAAACAGCUCCAUGACUGCAUUGUCAACGAAAGAGAAUGGAAUUCCAUCCCUUGCAGCGCUAGAAGCAUCAAUGGAAAAUGGAAUUUCAUUGGACAAGAGUGCAUCACUCAAUGCAUUAGCAAGUAUCGGAAGCAUAGAAGAGAGGAAUGCUAUGUCCCAACCUGAUCUAUCUAAGCCCCUUCCCGAGCAACCCAACCCUGAAGCGCAAAUCAAAUGGUGGGAAUCUCAAGAAAUAAAUCUGGGAAGCUCCAUCAACAUUUUCAAAGAAAAAAAUGGAAUGAAAAAGCGCGAUAUAGUAAAAGAAGCAGAAAGUAAAAACGAAGACGAUAAAGAAGCCUCACCUUCGUUAUUCCAGAAAUUUGUAGCUUUUUUUGAUCUCACACUCUUGACGGAUCCUAUUUUUGUGAAUAUAUUAUGUGGGCUUUCUAUUGCGGCUUGUGUGGAGACGAACUUUUCGUUGUUGUUUCCUAUUAUAAUGAAAGACUUGAUGCAUUUUGAGACUGCAGAUAUUGCGAAAAUCAUGGCUGUGAUAGGAUUUUCGGACACGCUGUUCCGACUGGUGGCGCCGUUCAUUGGCGAGUGGUGCCACAAGCCGCCCCGCGUCAUGUACAUGAUCGCGCUACUCAUGAUCGUGUUUACAAGGACUAUAAUGCUGUUCACCUCAACAUUUAUGGGGAUGUUGUUUGUCGCCGUUGCCAUUGGCAUAACUAAAGGCGUCAGAACUGUGUACAUGAAUAUAGUCAUCCCUACGUACGUUCCUUUAGAAAGGUUACCGUUUGCGUCCGGCAUUCAAAUGUUGGUCAACGGAAUCACCAUUAUAUCGAUUGGAUCCCUGCUAGGUCGCAUUCGAGAAGUGUCAGGGUCUUACGUAAUGCCGAUCAUAGUCCUGAACAUAGUCUCCUUGAUCACUGUAAUACUGUGGUGUGGCGAGUUCCUGUACUUCAGGUGGACAAAGACGCCUGUUAAAGAGACAAUGACAUCAAAAUAGGAAAUACAGACCACUUUUUCAAUGAACUUUCCUAGCAAAUCUUUAACGUUGGGUGUUUCCUAAAGUAAACUGAUUCUUUUUAUAAAUGUUUAGAAUUGUUUUAUAUACUUAGCACUGGCCCAAUCAUAGUAGAUUGGGAGUACUAAACUGAUUGAAGUCUCGGGAUAUCUGUCUUUAAAUAAGCUAGAAAUUAUAUGAAUUUAAUAUAAGUUUGAUGUAGGUAUUUUUUUACAGUUACGUAAUAAACUUUUGUAAUUAAAAUUAUUUUAUAAACACUACGUUAAUCAAGACUGAACUCACCUAUAAAAAAUAUUGUAAUUAUUGGCAUAGGUAACUUUUAUCUAGUUAAUUUCCAAAGAAACAAACAUAAGUACAUUUCAAUUUCAUAUUUAUUUACAUAUUUUCAGUCAAUUCCAUAUUAUUUACAAUUUUCAAUAAGUUCAUAUUUGUUAUUACGUAAUUAUAGUGGAAAACUCUCUAACUGUAACACUUUAUAUCUUAUCAAACACGAAUUAAUAAUGGUAUAGAGUCUAAAGUUUAGCUAUAUUUAAAUUACUUAUUGGAAAUCACAAUUGGGACGAAAUAGUGUUAUGUCAAAAUAAUGCAUUUUCCUAUCAAUCUUAAUUACUCACUAUGUAUAAAUGUAUUUAUUUAUGUACUUUUGGCUGUGUACCUAUGUAAAAUUCUUAUCUAAGUAGAAAAUUUACUAACUAUUCGGUCAAAUUAAAAAGAACACCUUAGUUCAAUUGCUCAGUAUAUUCUCCUUAAUUUGCUCUUAUUUCGUCGUCGGUUCCAUUACACACUGUAUCAUCUAACUAAUGAAGUGAAGGUAAAAUUUAUUAAUCACUAUAAUCAGAUAAGUACAUAAUUA